UCUGAUCAGAGCAGAAUUGGACAGCAAACAGCUCGGAACGAUUUGCGCAUAAAUUUACUGGCAAUUUGAGACAAAACUGGAAGAUUGGAAUGACAUAAUUCAAGCAUUUCGCAAGACGAACAGAUGUAACUUUGGGAACAGGGAGAAACAAUGCAGUUCAACAGGUUUAUUUUUCUAUUGUGCAACAAUAAAUCGAGGCAUUUGCACUCACUGCAGGACGCCCAGCUUUAAGAAGUCAUCAGUAAUUUCAUUGGUGGAAUUUAAGCGCGCUGCUCUUCACCAAUCAGAACUUAAGAUGUGGAUGGGAAUCCGCACAGCCCCUUCGCUACCCAGACACCAUCACGUCUAAUCAGACGCAGGGUAAAAUUGGACUGCAAGCGGCUCGUUAGGAAUUGUUCACGAAUCGACUGGACGUUUCGAGAAAAUACAAGGCUUAAAUGGUAUAAUCCGAGCGAUUUGUGAAAUGUUCAGGUAUUUACUCCGGUGCAAUUGCUUCCGAAACAAAAACAUUGGUAUAACUCAAAGGAGAAUAAGUAAUGCUGCGGAUACAUGUUGAAAUAAAGGGAAUGUUUGACUCUGGAAAUGAGAUAUAAAAUAUUUUGGCGUCUGAAAUGCCAUUUCUUGUGCUGCAUAUUCUCUUCUUGGAACCUAGUGUUUGGACAGAUUCGUUACUCAAUUCCUGAAGAACUGCAACUCGGCGCCUUUGUUGGGAAUAUCGCUGAGGAUCUCAGUUUAGAUGUAAAGCAGCUCUCGGCUCGCAAUUUGCGAAUAGUAGCCGGACCCAACACACAAUACGUGGAUAUAAAUUUGGACAUUGGCAUUUUAUUGGUGUCGAAAAUAAUUGACAGAGAAGCGAUCUGCGGACCGAGCCUCAGUUGUGUGCUAAGCUUCAACGUUUUCCUUGAAAACCCUUUAAAGCUGUACCAGGUUGCAGUGGAGAUUCUCGAUGUGAAUGACAAUGCUCCUAGCUUCCCAAAUACACAAUUCCGCCUAGAAGUGUCAGAGCGUUCUAUUCCUGGAACGCGCUUUCCACUCGAGCCCGCGCACGAUCUGGACGUUGGAACCAAUUCCGUACAAAACUACGAGCUCCUUCCGAACGAUUAUUUUGUUCUCGAUGUACAGAUGCGUAGUGGUAAUGUAAAAUCCCCGGUAUUAGUGCUACAGAGUACCUUGGACAGAGAAGCGGAAAGCAGCCACAAAUUAACGUUGAUAGCCAAGGACGGCGGAGUACCUGUGAGAUCGGGCACGAGUCAGGUUAUGAUAAUUGUAAAUGAUGCAAACGACAAUGCUCCCGUCUUCUCCCAGUCAACUUACAGAGUCAAUCUGUUAGAGAAUGUAGCCACAGGAUCGCAGGUAAUCAAACUAAAUGCCACUGACUUGGACGAAGGGUCCAAUGGAGAGAUAAGCUAUUCGUUUGGUAGCCACACUUCAGCUGAAGUUCGUGAACUGUUUGGCGUGAAUUCCAAAACUGGUGAAAUUAUAGUAAAACGGACAUUGGACUAUGAACAAACCAGUGUUUUUGAGUUAAACAUUCAGGCUACAGACGGAGGUUCUGAUGCUAUGUUGGGGCACUGUGAUAUUUUGGUAAAUAUUAUUGAUGUGAAUGAUAACCCACCUGAGGUGAUUUUGACGUCUUUAUCGAGUACAAUUUCCGAAAAUGUCGCAGUUGGGACUGUAGUCGCUCUAUUCGCUGCGGCAGAUAAAGAUUCGGGCGCAAACGGACAGUUACAAUGUCAUAUUUCAAAUAAAUUGCCAUUUAAACUGGAUUCUUCUUUAAAGAAUUAUUACGGAAUACUUGUUCAUCGUGCACUGGAUCGUGAAAAUAACUCCAAGUAUGACGUUACAAUAACAUGUUCUGAUGCCGGAAAUCCUCCACUAACAUCCAAGAAAACUAUUCGGGUCGAGAUAACCGAUGUAAAUGACAACGCGCCACAAUUCAGUCAAUCUGUAUUUACAGCAAGCAUAAUGGAGAAUAAUGAUAUUGGCGCUUCUAUACUUUCCAUUACAGCCUUUGAUCGCGAUGUUGGAGUGAACGCUCAACUGAAAUACUUCAUUCUGGAGACUCAAAUUCUGAACGCCUCGGUAUUCGAUUACAUCUCUAUUAACCCGCACACCGGUGUUAUAUUCGCUCAAAGAUCUUUUGACUACGAGCAACUGAAAAACUUUCAGAUUCAAGCUCAGGUAUUGGACUUUGGGACGCCAUCAUUGACAAGUAAUGUUUCAGUGGAUGUGAUUAUCCUGGAUCAAAAUGACAACGUUCCAGUCAUCGUGCAGCCAGUGGCCGAAUUUGGGUCAACAGCAGUUGAUACAAUAUCCAGGUUUGCGGAACCAGGCUAUUUGGUUGCCAAGGUAUCCGCCACUGACGCUGAUGCCGGUCAGAACGCUCGUCUUUCUUAUUCCAUUUUUCAGGCUACCCAGCAUAACCUUUUUACUAUUUCACCAGACACUGGAGAAAUUUGGACAAUCCGUCGUGUCGUUUCCAAAGAUGCCUCGAAGCAAAGGUUGGUGAUUCUGGUAAAAGAUAAUGGAUCACCAUCUCUUUCUGCCUCAGUGACUAUUAUCUUAACUGUAAUUGGUGAUGACGCUGACAUAUUUUCCAAAGUCAGUGGUUCGUCUGAAGACCCCCGGUUUCGGCCUGAUCUGAGCCUUUCCUUGGUCAUCGUAUUAGGAAUUAUUUCUACCAUUUUUCUCGUGAUUUUAAUUAUUCUCGCUGUGAAGGUUCAUAAAAGCAGGAAUCCACAGAGUGGUCAGCACUGUUCCCUGGGAGUUUGUUGUUGCAUUGAAACUGGGCAUUCUCUGAAUGGAAUUCAAAAAGCCAGUAGAAACCUUCAGAUACCCUCAAAUUACGUUGAGGUAUUCGGUGGUGACCCACUUUCUCAGAGUUUCCGUUAUGAGUCAUGUUCAACAUUGCAGUCAACAAGGCGAGACUUCAUAACCCCCAACAGAUGCAAGUCACCCACGGACAAAACGUAUGCCCAGAAUGAUUAUGUUGGGAAACGGGAUCCUGAGUUGCUGCCCACCGAGAAGGUCAGCAACACUUUGUACAACGAGGUGAGCCAUUUCGAAAAUGGGAAUAGGUUUUUUUUUAAUUCAUUCAAGCAAUGUGAGCAUCACCAUUUGGCCAACGCUUUUGGCCUGUCCUACUGGUCCUGA